AUGGCUAGAAAUUGGACAAAGGAUAAGGAAUCUAUUGAGAGGACUUUCGGAAAUAUUAAAUCAAAGAAGAUACCAGUUUGGAUUAUUUCAUUCCUGGAAGGAACAAGAUUCACUCCUCAAAAAUUGGAAGCUUGUAAAAAGUUCUGUGAGGAAAAGGGAAUUAAACCAACUGAACGUGUUUUGACUCCAAGAGUUAAAGGAUUCAAGGCAACUGUUUCCAAUUUUGCCAAUUCACACAUUGAAUACGUUUAUGAUUUCACUAUUGCCUAUGAAGAUGGUCCAAUCUCUGUCAUGCAACUCAUGAAAAUGCCAUUUACUGGUAGAAAGAUCCACGUACACGUAAAGAGAAUUCCAAUUAAGGAUGUUCCAUAUGAAAGUGAUGAAAAAAUUGAAAAAUGGGUCUAUGAUCGUUUCUAUGAAAAGGAUAGAUUGUUGAAACAAUUUGCAGAAACCAAAUCAUUUGGUCCAAUUGUUGAAGAACCAUACAAUUAUGAAGAUUUCAUUACUGAACCAAUGAAGAGAAUGUCCAAAUUGUAA